AUGCCAAACCCCCUAGUUUCUGAUAGCUCAAAUACUUCUUCUUACUCCGUCAAUAUGGACGCAAAUGCCAUGAGGUCAUCUUUUUAUAACCCCCUGAAAACCCUGAUAGAGCAGACCAUACUUUCGUUUGGCUACACGUCCCUAAAAGAACUUGCCGAAAUUCCAAUACAGGACAAAAUGUCAAAAUCCCCAACAUUGGGGGGGAAUUCGAGGAGUGGGGCAUGUUGUCAAAAGUGCAAAAUAUACGAAAGGCUUCUUAAAAAACUAGCUACUCUGCUUCUUGUGGAACUGGAUGAAGACGGGGGAACAUCAACGAAUGGUGCGUGGCCAGGUCUUCUGUCGCUUGAGAAGCCGCAAGGCAUGGGCAUUUCGGGACUGGUGGCCGGCAAUCAAUCCCUCUCGGGCAGUCGAGGCAGUGGAGCGAGUCCCAAACAUGACGGCGCCACAAUUCCCAUGUUGUCUUUGUUAACAAGUCCGUUUGAUUCCUUUUCCAGUGUCACAUUGAUGUCGACUACGCCCUUGACGGCUCCAUCCUGCAGUGCUCGUGGGAGCGUGGGCAAUUGGCUGAAAGGAUUUGUGGCCUUUGCGGCGCCAGGAAAAAAAAGCGAAAGUAAUUCCUUUUCCGACGGAGACGAUUAUACGAGGACCUCCAACAGUCUCACCCCCGCCAUGCUAGUAUCAAAUAGAGACACAGCGAAAGCGGAUUUAAUGCAACGCGGCAAAAAUGUCAAAUUGGCACGACAGGCCGCCGUACAUGUUGCACAUGGGACAUCCUAUUCCAUUGCCAGAGCCCGAGGUUGGGAUGCAAAUCCGCGCGUUAAGGAGACUUCGAGGACGAUAAUAGCUCGCAAGAACCAAAAGAAGAUGAUAAACGAAUAUGUUUUGCUGAGGAAAAUUGGCCAGGGAUCGACGGGUUAUGUCGUUUUGGUUCAGGAAUGCGAGUCAAAGGAACUGUUCGCGAUGAAAAUUGUGCGGCUGGGAAACAAAAUUGAUUGGCGGCGCGUGAAUGCCAUUCGUUCUGAGAUUACAGUACUGAAGGCGGUGGCCCAUCCCAAUCUUGUUCGGCUCCACGAAGUCAUUGGUGACAAGAGUCACAACACGAUUUUUUUGAUACUGCAGUAUAUUUCGGGUGGUAGCAUCGCUAAAACCUUGUCUUCGGUCACAAUUGUGACCAUUCCAGAGGCAAAACUACGUUGCUACACGGUGCAGAUUCUUUCAGCUUUAAGUCACUUGCAUUCCAACGGAAUAUUCCACCGGGACAUCAAACCAGAAAAUAUUUUGAUCGAUAAGGAAGAAAGAAUAUAUCUUGCUGACUUUGGUGUGAGUGCUAUAAGCACUGCUAAUGGCGUUCACGGCAUGGAGGGAACACCAGCGUUCAUGGCUCCCGAGGUGUUUACAGGUAAUUUUGAAUUGAUCGGAGAACUUGUAGAUGUAUGGGCACUCGGUGUCACACUUUACCAGCUUAUGUAUGGCUUUCUGCCAUUUCAGGCACUCACGUACUUUGAGAUGGUACGCAGAAUAGUUAAUGAUCCGGUUACUUUUCCUGACAAAGUGCAAGGAGAUGAGUCAGAGAGAGCUGAUCUCGGUGAUUUUUCAUACUUGGAUGAGAUAGAGGGUUUCAUGAACACCGAUACAUAUUUAGGCUUUCAUUAUGAUGGUGAGGAUGAUGAAGAUGAGCCGGAGAAGGAAAAAUACCAUAAUGACCGUGACGAGGUGACUCCAUCUGCAGUUCAUUCCUCACCAGAAUUCAAGGAGUUGAUUCAGGGCGUCCUUUGCAAGGAUCCCCACUCCCGCUGGAAUCUGCGACGCAUUUGGGAAUCCGCGUGGCUUCGGGACGCACUCGAGAGCGGCAGGCGAAUUACGAUGACAGGCUCCCCCACACCCAGCUAUGGUGAAGUUUGCUUCCCCAGAGCCCUGUCACCAUCUGCAAUGACGCGGCCGGCGGUAGAAAAUAACUCAACAAAUGCGUCAAUAACCAAACUUAAUCCGAAUGUUGCCGUAAAAUUUUAUGCUAUUUCGAAUCAAACACACAACUCCCCCACCAAUAAAAUUAACAACAAAAUUAACACGGAAAAUACCCCCAUCAACAAAACUCCCACCCCCAUUUUAAAAAGCAACAGCAAAGUCCGCGUUAAUAUUGACACUGCAAAGGAAUCAUUUUCUGGCCGCCACUUGAAAGCCGAUGAGGAAUGUGUACAUCCUCGGGCGAGCUUGUGGAAAAGGAUUCUUUCGGGCACAUGGCGUAGAAAGAAGAAAGUUUUGCCAGAAGGGCAGUCAUGA